UUUAGUCGUCUCGGCGAGCCAUUGUAUAAAAAUAGUUAAAACACAUAUUUUUCUUCUUUUUAUAAUUGUAAAAUUAAAUUAAAAAAAAAAAAAAAAAAAAACUUAUCCUCUAAAUAAUAAUAGUACUAUACUUAAUCAUUAUAAUGGAAGUUCAAACGGUCGAAAAGAAACCCAAUACCGGAAAACAAACAGUGACGGCGACUGAAGAGACGUCUUCAGUGGCUGAACGCACUAAAGAGGUGACCAAAGACACGGCCAACUCGCAUCUGGAGCAGAAAGCCAAGAGCGUGCAGUCAGAGGAAUCGACCAAGUCGGUGUCCGAGACCGUAGAGAAGCUGGCCAACGGCGGCGUGAAAAAGAAGACGGUCAUGUCAUCGUCGCAACAGUUCUCGUCCGAGGAAUCGUUCGAGGAGAGCUGGUCGUCCACCGGGCCUGCCAUCACCACUACCGUGACCAAGCAAAUCGAACAAUAAUAUACUAAAUAUUAUGUUUUAUUAUCAUUUAUCCACGUGUAUUUUUAACAAUAUUUCACGACGAUGAUUUACGGUACGAUACCGUGUGUGACGAUGUAAUAUUAUAAUAUAUUAUGUUGUACCUAUAAUAAUGUGGUAAUGAUAAAUAGAUCGCGCGGAUAAAAGUGACGAUCAAUAAUAUAUUAAUUAUACAUCAUUAUUGUUCAUAAUAUCAUAAUAUUAUAUUAUACGCGCGGUGUACUGCUUGUCAUUGUAUCGCUAACUGUCUGUUUAUAAAUUUAUAAUAUUGAUAAUGUACGUAAUAUGUAAUUUUUUUCUGUUUGUUUUCAACGCACACAAUCAUUUUAACCGGACAUUAUACAAUACGGUAUUAUACUAUUGUCAUAUAAUAUAAGUACAGAUAUUUAUUCGA